GGUCGGCGUGCUAUUGUUGGUACCAGCUGCGAUUACGAUUGGAUAUACAAUAGGUAAAGAUACAAUUCCGUAUCUGAAGCGCAAGCAUGAUCACGUGAAAGAACUGGAUAGGAGAUUUUUUAAACUCAAACGGGAAUUUGAUCUACUCGGUCCGAAAAUAACCAAUGGUAAGGAUAUGGUACAAUGGGAUGUGAUUACAGACGAGACGAAAAGGGAUUACAAAAACUUGCUUGAUGGGGCUAGUGACCUAAUUCGACGAUUUGAAAGACUGCAACAAAAAUAUAACAAAGUCCACCGAAAAAGCGCCCACAACUCUCCUGGAGGAGAAAUUGAAGUUAAUGAACCGGACUAUUUUUAUGGUUCGCCACGUUUUUUCAAGCUUGCAAAUAUCAGUAAACACUUUGACAAGUUAACUAAAGACGUGGAAACUCAGACAGAGAAAAUGAAAGGGAUGACAUGGAAGAAACCAGCACAAGUUAAAAAGGAGGAUGGUGCAGAUAACAUAGAUGAUAUCAAAUAUCUCAAUGAUCGUGUAGGGGAAAUUUUCGAAUAUCUAAGAGAGGACGAGGUCCGGACAAUUGGCAUUUGGGGAUUUCCUGGGGUCGGAAAAACAACUAUAUUGAAAAUUUUGAAUGACAAAAUGGAUGGAAACCCUAUGUUUGACAUUGUUAUUUGGGCAAAUGUUCCUGAAGAGGACAAUGAUAUUGUUAUGAGGAUGCAACAACAAAUCAUUGACCGAUUGGAACUAAACAAGGAGACGGGCGAUGCCAACACCACCACCACCAGCAGGGAGCAAAAUGCAAACACAAUAUCUAAAAUAUUAGCAGAGAAGAAGUACUUGGUUAUUCUUGACCGAGUAUAUUCAAACAUCAAUCUGGUUGAAGUGGGAAUAAUUCGUGGGGAACAUACAGGGGGAAAGGUUGUGUUUGCAUCUGGAGGUAGAAGUUUCAUGGUUGAGCUUGCAAAUGGAGGUAGAUCUUUUAGGAAAGCAGAUCGUGAUAUAGAGAUCAAGAGACUAGAAGAAAAAUAUGCACUUGUGUUGUUCAGACAACUUUUGGGAGAUGUUGUAAGCACUGGUUCAAUCAUGGAAGAAAUAGCAGAGCAAAUGGUCAAACACUUGGGUGGACUGCUAAAGUUAAUCAAAGGAUUGACAACCCACUUGAAGAAUUGUGAUUCCGAUGAGCAUACAUGGCAACAAGAACUGAUGACUCUGCAAUCACCUGUUGAAUGUCAACAGGAUGAUGUUGAAGAUAUCUUUAAGUUCUUCACUUUCAUUUGCGAAAAAUUAAAUGUGGAAUGGAAGAAAUGCUUACUAUAUACAGCAUCAUGUCCUACGAGCUACGAGAUUGAUGAAGAUAAUCUAGUGGAAUGUUGGGCAACUGAACAACUUUUUCAAAUUAAUUCCACCUAUAGACAUAUCUUUAGCGUGUCACAAAUUAAAGGGCAUAUGAUUUUGAGAAAUCUGAUAAAUAGAUGCUUGUUAGAGAGGCAUCAUUUGAGCAAUUAUAUUACUAUGCCCCAGCCCUUUAGAAAUUGGGCAACGAGGAUGUUUAAUCGACUAGAUGGUGAAGAAAGUCGUGCGAAAAGGGUUUAUUUAUUGAUGUGUAGUACUGAACUCCACUCUUUGCCCCAAACCCCUGAAUGCGUUAACGCCUCUACGUUAUUAAUACGUCAAAGCAAUGCAGAGCAAAUAGAACUUCCUGGGACAGUCUUUGGUGAUACACAAACCCCGAGUUCUACACUUCUUCAAGUUCUGAACUUCCAGCAAACUGGUAUUGAAUCCCUGCCUUCAUCUCUCUUCCACUUAACCACCCUUAAAGGUUUAUAUUUAAAUGGUUGUCAGCAUUUACGUGUGCUACCGACUGAGAUUCAAGCACUCGCAACUCUUGUGGUCCUUGAUAUCCGUAGCACUGGGAUUGAUUCUUUGCCAAAUGAAAUUGGAGAGCUGUAUGGAACUCUCAGGUGCUUUAGAGUUUCAUUUCGCUAUGAUGCUACCAGUACUAGUACUACUCCAACACCAGAGAGAGUACUAAUUCCUUCUAAUGUCAUCAAGAGGCUUUGCAGUCUCGAAGAAUUGACAAUCUUUGUAGAUCCAAGGGAACAAAGUUGGAAUGAAAGCAUUGUAGAUAAUAUUGCGAUGGAGAUGGGAAGCUUGAGACUACUUAGCAGUCUUUGUUUCUACUUUCCAAGUCAAGAAUGCCUCACAACUUUUAUAACAAAUAGGGAAUUAUGGAAAAAUGCUACUACAGAAGUACCAUGGGCAAAUAGUCACAGGUUUAGAUCAUACAAAAUGCAAGUCGGUGGGUGUCACGGGAGAAUUAAACCUGAUGAAUUGCAUAGCUCUGGUAGCUCCAAUGAUAGUCGAUGCCGUCAUUUUGUAUUUUCUGACGGCCGAGAAAUCACUAGCAAAACCGCAGAGGUACUCAAACAGGCCAGUACUUUUGAACUGAUUCGUCACAAGGGUUUCCACAGCCUAUCACAAUUUGGCAUGGGAAAUAUGGAAUCCUUGAAAGUUUGUGUAAUUGAACAUUGUACUGAGUUGAAAAGCGUUUUCAGUGGUACUGGAGGUGGUUCUGCUUUUCUAGCCUUAGAAAAACUACACAUAAAUGGGUGUCUGAAUUUGCUCAAAGUUUUCUCGCAUCAGAUUGCUCAGCUACUCAUAAAGUUAAGAGAUUUGAAAGUGGAGAAUUGUUCUGAGGUUAAGGAGAUAAUUGAAAUUGAUAACAAAGAUAUCGACCUAUCGGGAACCUUCCCUAAGCUCGAGAAUUUGCAUUUAGUUAACUUAACAAGGUUGACUUACAUAUGCUGGAAUGACUCGUUGAACUGGCCCUCUUUAAAGAAGUAUGAGAUCAAGGAUUGUGGAGAUUUAGAGAACAAUACACCUUUGAGUCUGGUUUUCCGUUUUGCACUACCUGCUGAAAGCCAAGCACCACCACAUGGUGGGAACGAAAGUUCAGCGAGACAAAAUGCCGACGUUGCUUCAUCGUCUGCAAGUGCUGGGGUUCAGCGAUCCAAAGCUUCAUCAUCUGCAAGUGCUGGGGAUUUAGCAAGCCAAAAUGCCGACGUUGCUUCAUCAUCUGGAAGUGUUGGGGGUUCAGCGAGCCAAAAUGCCUACGUUGUUUCAUCUUCUGCAAGUGCUGGGGGUUCAGCGACCAAAAAUGCCGACGUUGCUUCAUCGUCUGCAAGGGCUGGGGGUUCAGCGACCAAAAAUGCCGACGUUGCUUCAUCGUCUGCAAGUGCUGGGGGUUCAACGAGCCAAAAUGCCGACGUUGCUUCAUCCUCUGCAAGUGCUGGGGGUUCAGCGACCCAAAGCCAAAAUGCCGACGUUUCUUCAUCCUCUGCAAGUGCUGGGCGUUCAGCGACCCAAAAUGCUGACGUUGCUUCAUCAUCUGCAGGUGCUGGGGGUUCAGCGACCCAAAAUGUCGAUGUUACUUCAUCAUCUGCAAGUGUUGGUGGUGUUUCAAAUCGAAAUGGGAGCGAAAAUUCGACUGACCCAAAUGCAUAUAAUCCAACCUCUCCAAGUUCUCGACGUGCAAAUUGGUUUUCCUUUUUAUUAAGACCAUGUGGUCAGAAAAAAAAUUCAACGAGCCAAAAUGGCUCAGCUUCAAAGCCUACAACUGGUAGGACUCCUUCAAAUGCGCAUAGGAAAAAAAAUCGCUGGCGUCUGCUCUUCAGAUCUAAUCAAGCACAUGAUGAAUUCAAACAUGACAUGGGAACCAAACUUCAGUAGCCUAGAUGUCUUUGCGCCACAAGAAGCCUCCAUUUAGGGCUGCACAGGCUUGAUCUUGAAUCACCGUGGAAUUUGAUGAAGAACGGCACGUCUUUGGUUGUGCUUGUUGUUGAUCACCGUGUGUGCGCUGUGCUUGUUGUUCUUCGCUUUUGGGUGUGAAUGUUAGGGAUGAGAGUUUUUGUAUCUCUCUAGAAUUCUAGAUUUCUGAAUUAUGAAUUUGUGUCUCCUUCUUCCUUCCUCCAGACCUCUAUUUAUAGUUUUCUUGGAUUCAUAGGAUGAUGACAUGUGUCCUCUCUGAUAAGGAAAAUAUCAUAACUGGGUCAGGCCGGAUAUAUUAUGAUAAUUAUCCUUAAAAAUAAUUAUUCAAAAUAUAUUUUAUUAGGAAUAAUUAUUCUUUUUAUUUAACCAUCUGUAUUGGGCUUAAUUAAAUAAUUUAAGUGGACCAAACUUGGGCCAACUAAAUAACUUAAUUAAACAUUAGUCCCAUAUUUAAUGGGUCCAUUUGUUCAAAUCAAAGUCCACUAAAAUUUUAUUGUUUACAAAUUGCCCUCACUUCGAGUCCCAAACUUAACAAGACUUGUCUCUCUUUCAAGUGGGACUCGAAGUAUCCAACUUUCCUUCUAUUUUUUUUUUUUUUUUCAAUCCCACUUUGGAUUGGAAUUUUACUUAAUAAAUCCCUUGCCUAUAUAUAUCACCAAAGUCAUAGGGUUUGACUUCAAUUUCAAUCAGCUCUGAAUGACUUGUAAGAUUGCAGCCUCUGAAGAUUGUGUUGGAUUGCGGCAUUUGUUUGAACACAUAUGUAUGACUAUUCCAUUUUUUUUUUUUGAAACAAAAAUGUUAUCAUUGUUUAUUGGUUUCGCCGUUCACAGUUUAUACUCUUGCGGGCUCAGAGUAUGUUGUCAUUUUUUUUUUUUUUUUGGCUGUACACAGUUUUAGCUCAUGUGGGCCAGGAGCAUAGUGCAGUUUAAGCUCAUACGAUCAGGAGCAUAUCCUUCAUGGGUAAUAGCGUUUCAGGAAUUUGCCAUUAAUGGGCCCCACUCUUACUCCGUCUUCAUCAAUAAUGAGAUACGCGCCGUUAGUAUAAACUUCACGAACAACAUAUAGUCCAUCCCAUUUGGAUACAAAUUUAUUCCCCUUGCGAUUCAUGAUAAUUGGUC